AAAGCUGACGGCCCCCAGCACCUCACACACUCACUCACACACUCACACACUCACACCCUCCUCCAGCCCCACCGCCCCACCAUGGCCGCCUCCACCCUGUCCAUCUGCUCCUGCGACCUGAGCUACGGCAGCCGGGUCUGCCAGCCCGGGUCCUGGGACUCCUGCCUUGGGUCCUCCUGGCAGGUGGACGACUGCCCAGAGAGCUGCUGCGAGCCCCCGUGCUGCGCCCCCAGCUGCUGCACCCCAGCCCCCUGCCUGACCCUCCUCUGCACCCCAGCCAGCUGUGUGUGCAGCCCCUGCCAGUCAGCCUGCACCAGCUCCUGUACACCCUCCUGCUGCCAGCAGUCUAGCUGCCAGCCCUCCUGCUGCACCUCCUCCCCCUGCCAGCGAUCCUGCUCUGUGCCCGUCUCCUGCACACCCAUCUGCUCCACACCUGUCUGCUGCAAGCCUGUGAGCUGUGUGCCCAUCUGCUCUGGGGCCUCCCCCUGCUCAGACCCCUCAUGCUGCCAGCAGUCUAGCUGCCAGCCUUCCUGCUGCACCUCCUCCCCCUGCCAGCAGGACUGCUGUGUGCCCAUCUGCUGCAGACCUGUCUGCUCUGGGGCCGCCCCCUGCCCAGCCCCCUCGUGCUGCCAGCCCACCCCCUGUCCCCCGUCCUGCUGCAGACCCUCCUCCUGCGUGUCCCUCACCUGCCGCCCCGUGUGCAGGCCCGCCUGCUGCGUGCCCGUCUCCUCCUGCUGUGCCCCCGCCUCCUGCCAGCCCAGCUGCUGCCGCCCCGCCUCCUGCGUGUCCCUGCUCUGCCGCCCCUUGUGCUCCCGCGUGGCUUGCUGUGGCCCUGCCUCGGCCCACAAGUCCUGCUGCUGA